CCUUCAACACAGUGCAGCUCUGCAGAAAACCCACCACGGAAGAAAGGCAGAAUGAGAGCGCUGAAGUCUGACUAUGAGAUAAUGAAAGGAAGACGGAGAAGUGAACGCUGAGAAAGAAGACACAGAACUGCAAGGACAAACUGAAGAAAGCAAAGAUGGAGUUGUGGCGGCAGUGUGCGAUGUGGUUGAUCGAAUGUCGAGUUCUCCCUGACAACCACCGGGUCACAUGGGAAGGCGCUCAGGUGUGCGACCUGGCUCAGGCUCUGAGAGACGGCGUGCUGCUCUGCCAGUUGCUCAACAACCUGCUUCCUCAGGCCGUCAACUUGAGAGAGAUCAACCUGCGUCCACAGAUGUCCCAGUUCCUGUGUCUGAAGAACAUCCGGAUGUUUCUGGGAGUUUGUCAGGAGAAGUUUCGUCUCAAGAAGAGUGAACUGUUUGAAGCCUUUGACCUGUUCGAUGUUCGAGACUUUGCAAAGGUCAUGGACACUUUGUCCAUCCUCUCUCAUACGUACAUUGCUAUACAAAGAGGACUCCAGCCUUUCCCUUUGGAAGGAUGCGCUGCUGAUGACGAGAUCUACAGCGGCCUGUCUGACCUGAUAGACGACACAGUGGAUGACGAUGACGACUUGUAUGACUUUGUGGAGGACGAGGAAAAUGAGGGUGAUGAGAUUUAUGAAGACUUAAUGAGGACAGAGGAACAACCUGAAACUCAGCAGAAGACUGGGGUGGAUAAACGAGAGUGCUGCUUGCAGGAGAUCAGACAGACAGAAGAGAAAUACUCUGAUACACUGGAAUCUAUAUUACAGCACUUUAUGAAGCCUCUUGAAAGGUUUCUCAAAGCUCCGGACAUCGAAACCAUCUUCAUCAACGUAAAGGAUUUGGCACACACCCAUCGUAAUUUGUUGGAGGAGGUGCGGACAUCAAUCCUAACUCAAGGAGCAAGGAACCUGUACCAGGUGUUUGUGAACUACAAGGAGAGGCUCUUAUUGUAUGGCAGUUACUGCAGUCAGGUGGAGUCUGCAACAAAACACCUAGACAAGCUUUCCAAUACGAGGGAGGAUAUCAGAAUGAAACUGGAGGAGUGUUCAAAGAGAGCAAAUAGUGGACGUUUUUCUCUCAGAGAUUUACUCAUGGUGCCUAUGCAGAGGGUCCUCAAAUAUCACCUACUGUUACAGGAGCUGGUGAAGCACACAACUGACCCAGCAGAAAAGGAAAACCUCCGCACAGCUCUGGAUGCCAUGAGAGACUUGGCUCAGUGUGUCAACGAGGUGAAGCGAGACAAUGAGAUCAUGAGACAGAUCACUUCCUUCCAGCUGUCCAUAGAAAACAUGACACAGUCUCUAGCUAUGUACGGUCGCCCUAAAAUCGAUGGAGAACUGAAAAUCAGCAGCCCCGAGAAAAAGUCCAAACAGGACAGGUACGCAUUUCUCUUCGAUAAGGCCAUGUUUGUGUGUAAGAAGAAGGGUGGAGAGAAUUUUGAGCUAAAGGACAUCAUUGAACUACAGCACUACCAGAUACGAGAUGAAACCACAGGAGAGAAGGACAAAAAAAAGUGGUCGUACUUGUUCCUUCUGCUCGACUGCUACGGGAGGUGUGGGUACGAUUUAUUCUUCAAAACCAGAGAGCUGAAGAAGAAAUGGCUGGAACAGUUUGAGAUGGCUCUGUCAAAUAUGUGUCCUGAGAACUCCACAGCCAACAACCAUGACUUCCAGAUGCACUGCUUCGAGGAGACCACCUCCUGCAGGGCCUGCUCAAUGAUGUUAAGAGGGAUAUUUUUCCAGGGCUAUCGCUGCACACGAUGUAAAAUGGCUGCACAUAAAGAAUGUUUAGGCAGAGUCCCUGCCUGUGGACGAAACUCAGAUCAUCCUGGCACUCUACGAAAGAUUAAGCCACAAAGGUCCCCUGCACACUCAGGUGUUGGCUUUCCUAAAAUGGAGGCGUGUCAGGAGUAUUAUGGUUUGCCGCCGCCCCCUGUAGGCUUCGGCCAACCUCUUCACCUGUCCAAAGGUGACAUCAUUGAGCUGACCCGGGCUGAUGUUGACCUGCCGUGGUGGGAGGGAAGGAACCUGACUGACGGACAGAUGGGAUGGUUCCCCUGCCAGAAAGUUCAACCCUACCUCUCAAGGCCAACCCCGGACCUGUCUGGCUUCCACUGGUUUGCAGGGAACAUGGAUCGAACCGCUGCCAAACAACUUCUGAUGCCUCGGUCUGAUGGAACCUUCCUUGUACGGCAGAAAGACGGAGGAGAGUUUGCUAUCAGCAUCAAGUUCAACAUGGACAUCAGGCACAUAAAGAUCACGUCCAUCGAAGGCCUGUACCGCAUCAAUGACAAGAAAGUGUUCAAGGGUUUAAUCGAGUUGAUUCACUUUUACCAGAAGAACUCUUUAAAGGAGUACUUCAAGGAAGUGGACACCACGCUGUGUACGCCUUACAAAAAACCAGAGCAAAGCAACUCACCAAACAACACGCCAAAUACCACACCAGAAGGCAGCAUGAGGAGUUUUGGCGCAGCGAGGGCCAGGUAUGACUUUUCUGCCAGGGACCGUUCAGAGCUGUCGCUGCGGGAAGGAGACACCAUCAAGAUCCUCUCUAAGAAAGGUCACAGCGGGUGGUGGAAGGGAGAAGUGUAUGGACGGGUGGGGUUGUUUCCAGCCAACUAUGUGGAGGAGGACUACUCUGACUACUGCUGACAUGGAUCCAGAGCUGUGUAGACCUUUACUGUAUGUUCAGGGGUCUGUGUGGAGCUUGGUCCAAUCCAUUGCAUUAAUGCAUACUCAUGAGUCUGGCUGUGUGUGUGAGAGAGAGAGGUCCAGUGUGUGAAUAAAACUUUUUAAUUAGCUGA